AACAAAUGCUUUCAUAUUUUCACACUUCUGUGCUUUCCUAAUAGAAUAUGAUCUACUGAAUUUUGAAAAUAAUAUGCUUCCAACCUAGUGAAGCAAAGUUCAGGUCGCUGCCGCCCGCCCCCUCCUCGCGCGCCUCCAGGUCUCUCACUCGAGUCUCCACCCACCCGCUUUCCUCUGGGGUCGCUGGAGGCUGAAAGGCCGCAGUGACGCGUUUUUCCUGGGCGGCUUACGUCACUGCCAGGCGUCCGGCGGCUAGUCGGCUGGGCCUUCGGCGGGCUUUUUGGGGACAAGGAUGGCUAUGGCCAGCGAUUUCUACCUGCGCUACUAUGUAGGGCACAAGGGCAAGUUUGGACACGAGUUUCUGGAAUUUGAGUUUCGGCCUGACGGAAAACUUAGAUAUGCUAACAACAGCAAUUAUAAAAAUGAUGUCAUGAUCAGAAAGGAGGCUUAUGUACACAAGAGUGUAAUGGAAGAACUGAAGAGAAUUAUUGAUGACAGUGAAAUUACAAAAGAAGAUGAUGCUUUGUGGCCCCCCCCUGACAGGGUUGGCCGGCAGGAGCUUGAAAUUGUAAUUGGAGAUGAACACAUUUCUUUUACCACAUCAAAAAUAGGUUCUCUUAUUGAUGUUAAUCAGUCAAAGGAUCCUGAAGGCCUUCGAGUAUUUUACUAUUUGGUGCAGGACCUGAAAUGUUUAGUUUUUAGUCUUAUUGGAUUACAUUUCAAGAUUAAACCAAUCUAAAUUGUAUGUUUUUUGAAACUGUGUUUAUAUUUAAUUAAGGGAUGGGUGAGGGAGGGUUUGUCAUUUAUGAUAUUGGGGUUUUUAUGAAUGUGAAGCAAGCUUUUUUGGUAUGCAAAUUGAAAAUAAGAAAAUACAUAAACAGGCUUAAUGGUUAUCUUCACUUGGGUCCAAGUGGAUUGGACAGUCCCCACACACAUUAAAUUCUGUAAAUAAAAGCCACCUUUAUUGAAAUUUCGCUCCAAUAAAACAUAUCAAAGCCUGGAUGGAGAGUGCAUUUUUUCCUUCAGGAGGCUGUAUCUCUGAUUCAUUUUAAAGAUCAAAAUUGUUCUAGUAGGUGCAUUCUAUGGCAAAGGGUCUUUCACGUAGAAACAUGUAGCCAGAUUCCCAUCCAUUUAAAGGCAAUUGUAGAUCUUCCCUUGUUUCUACCAUACCUGAUGGGAUUUAAUUUUUUGGUGCUUAUAGAAGUUGUUUAUAGAAGGUUUUGGAUUUUUUACAUUUGUCGCAAACCCCUCAGCGGUCAUUCACAUUUAAAUGUUUUUGUAUUACACGCUGUGAUUUCCUCAAGGUUAUGAAGGUAAAGUCAGUACCCCAAAUUAGGCACAUCUUUUAUUAUGGCCCUGUUUCCAUUAUUUCACAAUGUAUAUGUUUUGUAUAUCGGUGGGAAGUAAAUGAGUUCUC